AUGUAGUUAAUGAUUAUAACGCGCUUUCUCCAAUUUCGGAGAAGAUCACACAACAAUAUACCGCCAGGGGCUUUAAUUAAAUGUUCGUCUAACACAGGAUUAGCCUGAAUUGUACAAAAACCCUUUGUAUCUCGUGUGGGACCGCAUCAUCGCCAGUAUAGUAUAUAAAAAAGGUCAGGGUAUGUGAUUGAAAUGCUUUGAAAAUAAAUUUUAUUUUAUAGUGCCAAAGGUAAUCCAGGAAAUAGUAAUCUCGUCCUAAAGAGCCACAAUCGUGACUGUGACAGUGUGACUUACAGACCAACAGAAAAUGGCAAUUUGGGGUAUUACUAUCUUCAUUUCGAUUAUAAAAUUUGCAUUGGGAGUAGAUCUGGUGGCUGUCCCAAAGAAAAUGAGCAUGUUUAUAUUCCGAAAGAAGCAUGUCAAGUUGAUGACAUUUGUCAAAACGCUCUCAGCUAUGGUGAGAUUUUCCCUUAUUUCCUUGUAGUCUAUUUUACUUCAAUUUAUAUGUUAAAAGGCAAAUAAAGUCCGAUUAGAAAAAAUAAUAACUACAGAGUUGAAUUUUUUGAAAAAAAGGAUUCGCAACCGCCGGUGCUAUGGCGACAAUGACGAUACAAUAUCGCCAAUUUUUGGGUUUAAAGUUAUUUAACUUGAAAAUAAGGUCGGUUACCCCAAUUUUUUAUCACAUAAAAAUAAUUCGUUUAUAGUUUUAUUUUUAUUACGCCCGUAAAAGUAUUUAGAAGUUAUUUACAUUUUGUUUUUCUAUUUUUUUGAUAAACUAGGGGCCUUCUAGAGACCUAAUAAGCUGUUUAAUAAAGACCCCUAUACUUACAUUAUUUCAUUCUUAUAUUUAGUCAGUUUGAAUUAUUAUAUUGAACAAAAGACAAAAAUAUAUAACGAAUAUAAAAUAAAACAUUAACAUGCUUAUAAACUUAAUUAUAUAUAUAUAUAUAUAUAUAUAUAUAUAUAUAUAUAUAUAUAUAUAUAUAUAUAUAUAUAUAUAUAUAUAUAUAUAUAUAUAUAUAUAUAUAUAUAUAUAUAUAUAUAUAUAUAUAUAUAUAUAUAUAUAUAUAUUCAAAGUGGAAGAUACUAUAUAUGUACGUAUAUUUACAGUAAAUAAGGUGGUAAUAUUUCUAAACUAUUAUACAUCAAUUAUUGAAUACAUAAUGUUUUUUUUUAUUUUAAUUUUUAUUUUAAAAGUAUUAUAGGAGAAAAUAGAUUUGUAUUUAGAUUCUAUGUUAAUCCAAACAUCAACUCCUUUGUUAGAAAGAGUAUGCAUUACAUAAUUUGUUCUUUUAUAGGUCUUGUGAAGCUUAGUUGCAUUCCUUUUGCCAUGGUCAUAAAUUUCAUUAUUAGAUACUAGAAAUACAUGCAUGCAACAACCCCUCGCCUAUAUUUUCCAAACAUUUUUUCAACAUGAAUUAUUAAUUCGUAAUUACGCCAACACUGGACGCAGGUUCGCGUUCCACGUCAUGUUAGUCAUGGCAACACGGUAAUUGUUUUUUAAAUUUUUGUACAAAAAAAAUAGAUGAAAUUUGAACACUUUUAAAUACAGAAUUAUCAAUUUCUAAAAUACAUAAAGUGGGUAUAUUAUUUUGGUUUCUAUUGACUCUAUUUUAACGAAAAAUUCAAAACGAAACUCUACCCACAGGGAGCCCAAGCGUUGAUCUGUGUCUGUGUUGUAUGUUUUUCAGUUUAUUUAUUUUAGUGUCUUUAUAUUGCCUUUUAAUUGAAUUAUAACACUACAUUACACUAAUAUGUCAUACAAUAAUAAUAAUACUCCUAUAGUCGAACACAAGGUUGUAUCACUGCAAAAUACAUGUCGUAACAUAAAAACUUGUAAAAAAGUUACUGUAAUUUUAACAGAAAUCAGUGCUUCCACAUUCUAAAAAGCAUUCAAAUUUUCCUCUCAACGAAAAAUAGAGCCGAUCGCCGGUCGGCUAUUUGCGAUGCUUCCGCGAGGAAUAUGUCAUCUUCUGCAUACUGACAUAUGUUUUUUUUAUUAAUAUACGUUUCUCAAAACAACUCUUAUUGCAUAAAAAUUGAGAGGUUUUAUAGUGCAUUUUUCUUGAAAUUUGAGUGUUUUCAAUGCAAGGAAGGCACAAUAAUUGAUAAAUGUUAGAACAGGUAGGGUUUUACGAAUGUAUAGACUGGUGUUUGUAUUAAGUUGUUUUCUUUUUUAUAUUCUACAAAGAUGAUUCCGAAAUAUUAAAUUAAGGCUUUCGAAAAAACUAUCGAAUUUUUCCAUGAUGUUUUGCAGAGAAACGUUACUGCUGCAAACUCCCCUCCCCACCCCCCAAACAAACAUAUUCCCUAAACUUUUCAACUCAGCCGAGCUCCAACUUAUUACUCGCACUUUGAAAUGAAAUACAUUUAAUCCGUACAGGAAGCUAAUGAAAUUUACUUUCCUUUUUAUCAUAACCUUCUACAAAAGUUAAUUUAACUAAGAAACCUUCACAUACAAUGUAAUAGGAAAGACUUGAGCAACAAGAACAAAGUCUAUAUUAAUACAAAGUCAUACAUAAACAAUUGAAACAAACUUGCCCUAUAUUUUGAGAUUUCUCAUUUCUCAUACUAAAUCAAUUCUUAUAAAUGUUUACGUUUAAAAAUUGAAAAAGUUUUACAAUUUGUUAUGUGAAACGAUUUUGCAAGCUUCCUUAUAAUUAUGUGUUCAUAUUUUUGCCUUCUUCACUCCGGGCAAACAGCCAGAUUUUGAGAUCAGUGAGAUGACCACCCACCGAACACCGAACCACGCACGGUAACCCACGCCCACGCCAUCAUUCAUGAACUUUAGACUUUGCUAAUGCUUUCGCUUCCCUGGGCGUCAAUAGCCUCGCGGAAUUAGUACCCCUGCUCGCCCCGGACUUACGCCCGGAACGGCGCUCCGUGUCGUUGGCCGGGGAUGGAAUAAUUUACGAAAUUUUCUGGUAAAUUCUUCAAAUUAUAAUAUCGAAACAUAAAUAAGCUCGUUACCGUAAACCUCCGACUAUAAGCUCCCCCGAAUAUAACCCCCCCCCCCGAAUAUAAGCCCACCACAUAUACUAACGCUCACUUCAUUCCAAAUAUAAGCCCACCCGAAUAUAAGCCCACCCGAAUAUAAGUCCCCCAAAUAUAAGUCCCCUGAAUAUAAGCCCAGUAGCCCACUACGUUAUUCAACAUUGACAUUGUCUUUUAAUAUAGCAGAGAACGAUAUUUAAAAACAUUAAUAUAUUGCCAUUGGCUUUACAGCCGACUAUGUGAAUCAAAGAGUGUUAUUAAUACAUGCUUAUUUUCCUGUUUAUGACUGACUUGUUUAUGUCUGAAUUGUUUGUUACUAACACAAAAGAUCGUCCAUUUAUUAGCCCCCCGUAGAUAAGCACCCCCCCCCCCUUGUAUAAGCCCAUCAAAAAUCGCUUACGAAAGUAUAUAAGCCCAGGGCUUAUAGUCGGAGGUUUAUGGUAUACGUAUUGAUUCAAUCUAUAAAUGUUUAGUAUUCUUAACUCCUUAAAUAUAUAUUGGUUCGGUGUGUUCAAAGUAAGAGUUAAAUGUCAUUAGACGAAUAAUCUUUUUCUGAAUAUUUACUAAUUUUUGUGUUCUCCUUUUGUAUGUGUUACCCCAUAUUAGAUUACCGUAAUUAAGAUAAGGGUAGAAAAAUGCAUAAUAAAUUAAUUUAAGAGCUCUCAAGUUUAUAAAAUGCCGGAUCCUGGCAAUGACUGCUGAUUUAUCAUUUUCUUUGAUAUUUGCUCUAGAUGAUAUGAUCAUUCCAUGUCGAAAUUCAUCAUCAAAUAUCCCCAAAAAUGUUGUCUUUCUAACUUGCUAAAUAAUUUUAUUAGUAAAUAAAUUGUUAUAUUAUGUUUUGUUUUUUUCCUUCUCGAGGACCGAAAUACAAUAAACCGGCUUUGUUUUUUUCUGGAUUGAUAUAUAUUAGUAUUAAUAUUAAUAUUUAACCAAACAGCUAUUUUAUUUAUUUCCUCUUGUAUUAUUUGGUUUAAUGUUUUAAGGCAAGUGUGACUAUAAAAUACGCUUGUGUCAUCUGCAAAUAAUAUAUUUGAAACAAUAUUGCUACAAUUCUAGAUAUCAUUUAUAUACAAAAGAAAUAACAAAGGUCCCAGUACUGAUCCUUGAGGAAUACCACUUGUGAUUGUCAUAUCUUUUGAUUUUAUUUGGUUAAACUUUACAAUUUGCUUUAUAUUCUUUAAAUAAUUUUCAAAUCACUCUUUGUAUAUGCCUCUUAUACCAUAAUAUUCCAGCUUUUUAAUGAGAAUCUUGUGAUUAAUCGUAUCAAAUGCCUUUGAUAAAUCAAGGAUAAUACCAAUAUUGUAUUUCCCCUCAUCUAUUGGUCUUGUAAUUUUAUCAACAAGCUCAUUAAUCGCAUGCUCUAAUGACCUGUGAGAUAUACUAAAACUGUCUGUACCAGUGUAGGUAGUACCAAUGUGAAAUUGCUGUGCUGAGUGGUUAUAUUACUACCUGAAAUAAACAAGCAAAAACUCGACUUUUCGAGCGAAGGCCCUUCGUCAAGAGUGGCCGGGAUCGGGGAAAAUGCACGGGCUUUUAUACUAAGAGCAUGAAAGCAACAUGUGACAAAAAAUAAACCAAUUAGAUGGAUUUAAUCAUAACGAAGUGUAAACAACAUAUGUAAAUCGCAUUACAGAAUAUAAUAUAAAACAAAAAAUAUAUAAAGGAAGCUAAGACAAUUAAUACAAAAAUAAAUCAAAACAAAACACAAGUGGGAAUAAGGUAAGAAAUAUAAUUACUAAAUAGAUAAAUGCUGACAAUGUUUGCUAUAGACAGGCAAGGACAGAUGGAACUAAACAUAGGAAAAGCGUUCAUUAAUACCAGCGGGGUGAACAGUGCCAAGUUUGGAUAUGGAGUGCAUUUCAUGUCGUUUGCGGCUAUCGUUGCUUCCAGAAAUGGGGCAGAGGGCUCGAAUUACCAUAUCUGAAACACUGUGAUUGCCAUUAAAAUGUCUGGCAACAGGUUGGUUAGCAUCAUUGCCAAUAACUGCACGCCGAUGUUCACCAUCCUUGUCCUUAAACAUCUUCCAGUUUCACCAAUGUAAAGCAUGCCACAUCUGCUGCAAGAGAUGCAGUAGAUGAGAUGGGAGGAGGCGCUAGCUCGUGAAAUAGUGCUUGAUGUUAUAUGUAAACAACGAGUUUGAGUGUUUCAUCAGGGGAUCCAAACACGAGAAAACUGUAUGAAACACGAGCGCGAAGCGCGAGUGUUUUAUUGUUUUCGAGUGUUUGGUCCCCUGAUGAAACACGAGAAACGAGUUGUUUACACAACAUCUCAAACGAAAACAUUUCAUUGGCUUAUAUAUAUUAUUAUAGUAUAUUGUUGUGUUUUGACUUGAAUUUGUAAUUAGGAUCUCAGUUAUUAGAUGAAAACCGUUUUUCAUCUAACAACAGUAAUGGUAUAUGAUUUUUAGCGUGUUUCCUUGCGGUAUCCGACCUCAACUGAUCAUGUGACGAAUUAGGGUGAGUUCAUUCGCUAAUUUGCUCAUGAAUUAUUAAUGAGUUCGAGAUGUGAUAUUCAGAUUCAGGUGCCAAAACAAUGGUGGUAGAAUCUACAAAAUCACAGGUUUUACAUUUCAACGACAGGCAAGGAAAAGUGCCUUUCUGUGACGCCGAAGCCUGUGCUGGGAGCUAUGGACUAGGGUUUCACGGAUAUUUUUGUUGUGUCGAAAAGACGCUAGGGUAGUUUUUCAAUAUAUGGAAAUUCUUGUUGAUGACAUCUCUAACUUUGAAAUUGAAAGGAUGAUAAUUUAAUACUAGUGAGAUUUUGUUGUUGCCUGUGACAUUAGACACAGGAUCUGUGAGGGUGUCAGAACGGGCACUUCGAAAAGACAGUAUCUAAUAGAGAGGUAGGAUAGCCACGUUGGACAAAAAAUUGACUCAUCUCUAGACUUAAGCUUUUGGCCUGAAAGUCUUCGCUGCAGAUGCGGCGAAGACGAAGGAACUGAGAGAAGGGAAUCGACGUUUUGGUGUGGUUGAGGUGGGAAGAGGGAAAUAGAAGAUAGCUAUGGGAAUCAGUGGGCUUGUAGAACACAUAAGUAACUAGUUUGUUACCAUUGAUUGAUAUAAGGAUAUCUAAGAAUGAUACACUGGUCUCACUGAUCUCCCAUGUGAACUGGAGUGCUGAAUGGAAAUUAUUAACAAAUUAAUAAAGCGUCUCAAUUCGACACGAGAACAUGAUGCUGUGACAAGACAGUCAUCUAUGUACCUACCAAGGUAAUCAGGGAUGGGAUCAGCGUACUGUUCGAAUUGAAGAUUUGUUUUUCCACAAAACCAACAAACAAUUUAGCAUAGUUGGUUCCCAUUUUUGGUUCCCAUGGCUACACCAUUUAUCUGUUGGUAAUGCUCACUAUCGAAAGAAAAAUUGUUGAGGAUCCUGGUUAGGGCGUUUAUCUAGAAAUAAUUUGAGGGCCCUUAAACCAUCAUGAUGCGGAAUUACACUGUAUAAGGAUUUGACGUCCAUGGUGAAAAUAGAUUUGUGAGUGCCAUGAAAACGAAUGUUCUGGAGAAUUUGGGCAGCAUGCUUGGUAUCCUUGAUAUACGAUGGUAAGUUCUUAACCAAGGGUGCCAUAACACGAUCGAGAAAACUGGAAAUGAGUUCGGUGGGACAACCACAAGCAGACACAAUAGGUCUACCUGGGUUGUCAGGUUUGUGAAUUUUGGGCAAGAAGUACAUGACAGGUGUGCGAGGUGUGAUGUGCAUGAGGUUUUUGGCAAUCUCAGGGAGAUCACCAGUGGUGAUAGAGUUAUGAAUGGCUGAGUGAUGGUGGUUUGAUGAAUGGAAGUCAAAUCCUUGUCAACCAUCCUGUAAAAUGUGGCGUCACCCAAUUAUCGGUGGGCUUUAUUACGGUAUAAAUCAGCUCUCCAAACAACUAAGGCACCACCCUUAUCAGCAGGUUUGAUAACAAUGUCAUUCCGAGCAUGGAGUGAUUAAAAGGCGCUAAAUUCAUUGUCAGUGAGGUGAGAUGGCCUUUCGGGCCUAAAUUUGGGGAGUUGUUCUAUAUCAUGUCGACGUUGUCGAAUGAAUAGUUCAAGGACCCAUAUUGGUCUUUUGGGGGAGACCAGGAAGAUUUGUUGGGGGUGGUAGCCUCAAAAACGUCCUUGUGAGGGACGGAGGAUUGAUUAUGGAAAUGUGCUUGCGUCUGAAAAAUGAUUUAGUAUCGAUCUUAACUGAAAAAAAGUCAAGGGACUUGGGGCUGGAACAAGUUUGAGACCUUUCGCGAGGACACAUCUCUCAGAGACGGAUAGGGUUAAAUCGGGAGGAAUAGUUACAACUAAAUUGGUACUAUCGACUGAACUGGUGUGCUUGGUGGCUGGCGAAAUGGGACGGUUGCUUAACAAGGAGUUGAACUUGGAGGCUUUGCUCCCUUCGAGGAACGAGUAAAGUCUAGAAUUUAACACGCGAAUGAAUUGGAUGAUGUCCUUUCUUAAAAUAGGAGGACAUCAGGAAGACAAAAUGGAUUUAACAUGUGAAAUCCUGGAAUCUAUAGUCUGAAUAUGCUGUGACAUAAAAUCAAUGGUAAUGCGCAUCAAACGACGACUGUGUUCAUAACAAGUUUUAGUGACACGAGAUACAAUAUGGCAGCUAUCUAGUGAACGAGUGAAAAUCAAAAUUAAUGACGAUUUAAAGCCGUUAGGAAUGACUUUAUAUCGUAAAGAAGGCUCAAGAAGGAAAGGUGGCUGGAGAAACGAGUUUUAGAUAGAGUGAGGUCGAGCAGGCGUAAGGAAGGCUUAGCAAUAGACGGUAAAUAUAAUGUAAUGUGACUCACCAUUUCGUUUCGUAGAUUACGGCAAAAUUUCUUGAAGUUGACCAUCGUUAUCACUGGAUUUCUUCUGUGAUAUAUACUACUAUAUUGACCUGCCUUUUCUAAACCCAUAUUGAUUUUUUGAUAAAAUUUUGUGUUUUUCAAUGAUCUUGUCAAUUUUGAAUCUUUGUUAUGAUUUUUUUAAAAUUCUGUUAUGAGAAAAAAAUUGUUACGAAUUAUUUGUUAUACGAAUUAUUUGAAAAUUUUGGCACGACAGAAUUUUUUUUAAAUCUCAAAAGUUAUUUAGCAUGCCGGUAAAAGAAAGCAUGCUACAAAAUAAAAAAUGGCGGUCAGCGACCGGUGCCGUAUUUUCGAGAUAAAUUACUUUAAACCAAAAAUUUCCGCCAUAUUGAAACGUCAUUGUUGCCAUAGCGACGGCUGUUAAGAGUAAAUUUUUGAAAACUGCGAACUCCUUAGGGGCAAUUCACAAAGGAUGUCCGGCCAAAUGAUGGAUUUUCAGCCCCCCCCCCUCCCCCCUUGUCCGGCAUUGUCCGAAUUAGUGACCCCUCCCUCCGGACAUCCACCAUGCCUCGCAAAAAUUCACACAACCUUGCAUAUGUCAAGAGUAAAAAACUUUUUUUACUUUUAGAACUUUUUUAUAACUAUAAAUGUGAAUACAACAACAUAUAAAUUACUCAUUAAAACAAAAUCUAGUGUUAACCGCAGAGUCAAAAUACCAAUUUCACAAUAAGAAGGACUGCUCAAAAUAGAGGGAAAAAGAAAUUUGUUUUUGAAUUUUUUAAAAUUUCGGACAUCCGGAUUGCUAAACCUCCCCCUCUCCCCCUAUGUCCGAGUUUGUCCUGAUUUUACAAACCCCCCUCCCCUCCCCCCCCCUUGGCUCAGACAUCCUUUGUGAAUGGCCCCUUAGUUAUUGUGUUAUUUAUGUCAGAUACUCUUUGUUUUUGAACAAAUAAUUGUUUUCCAGAAAUUCAUGUCCAAAUCAGAAGAUCUUCCAUUUUUUAAAAAGUGUAUGUAGCCACCUUAAGUUGAAUGAUUGUAGAAAUAUUUUUCUUUAAAUAAGACAUAAAAUUGUGGUUCGCGUGACCUCCACAUUAGAUCAUUUGACCUGAACAACACCCAAUAAAUUCGUGUAGUACUGGGUUGCCGGCGUUCUUUAUUAUAUAUCACGAAAAAUUUCACGAAUUGCACUGUGGGGAAUAUAUUUGAGUGCCGACUUCAGCCAAUCAAUCAUAUUAAAAUCACAUGAUUCAAACAGCCAGUCAAUUUUAAGAAAAAAGUGAUAUGGCGAAUGAGCAAAACAAAAACUUUACCAUAUGUCAUGAUUACUCUUGAGUGCCUAAGUAAUUUUUUGCAAAUAUAAAUAAAAAAAUAUGGAUAGCUACAGUAAACUAUGAAAGAAUUGCAAGAAUUUUCAAUUCCUUGAGAUUUCACAAAUAGUAACUGGCUAAUUAAGAACAUAAUCUUCUAUCAAACAUGGUCAUUCCUUGUAAAUUCAAGGUUUAAUUUUACUUAAGUUUCACAAAUUGCCCUCGUCGCUUCGCGACUUGGAUAAUUUGGGAUACUUUGAAAACACGCCUGAAAUUAUACCUCAAUUUUACUCGGCCCGAUGCGAUUACCUAUAACGAUUACCUAUAAAUAUUGCACUCCACUCAGCUCAAUUACCAUUAAAUAUACAGUUGUUUUACAGUUGGUUAAUUAGAAGCGAGAGUUUGAAUGAGAGUCUUUUCAACUCUCAUGCCACAGUCAAACGAAAACGGGAGUUUCGUGAGAGUUGAUUGGAUAUUACCGCGCCCAUAGCAAAAACUCACAUGCAUCAACUCUCUCCAAAAUUUAUCCUCGUUUAACUAGAAUUUUCAUUUGUGCUUGGCUGUAUACUUCAACUGAACCAAGACGAUGCCCAUGCAUUACUAUACUGUAGCAUACUGUUGUUAACAUUUUCAUUCCUUUUGCUUUUAGUCUAUCAAAGAAAAUUUGCGCAUGAAAAAAAACACAUGAUCCAGUGUUAUCUGGGUCGAAGAAUCAAGAUCAUUUGGGUGAAUUAUGAUUCAGCGAAGACAACUGUCGUCCUGACUAAAGCGAGGAAGUUCAUGCAACACAAAUGCGAUGGAAAAAUAACAUGCACUUUUUCUAUCAGAAAAGCUGACUUUUUAGGAUCGAGUUCGUGUCCUGGGGAAUCUGACACAUUUCUCGUCCGCUACACGUGUGAAGUAGGUGCCAAGCUAGGUAAGUUGGAAUCAGUUGAUCGGUUUGGGACGGUUGAUCAGACAAUCAGUCAGUCCAUAAGAUCCCACUAUUUUUUAUUUUUAGCUGCUCCGAACUCACUCCACGUCUUGGCAAGAGGUCAAAGGGAAUUGUUCGUCAACUGGUUAAACGAUGCGUAUAGAAAGAAUAAUAUUACGAUAAAAUUCGAAAUAAUUAUGUUAUUGGCAAUGGCAUAGCACUAUUCCUGGUGGUUGUUAUAACAUAUCUUCUUCGCAAUCUUCACUAACACACACACUGUCCAACCUACAACCAGCAACGAAGUACAACGUAACGGUGGCACAAUACAAUUAUGAUGGAAGCAUUCUUGGUAUUGAAAGGCGAAAAAUUGCCAUAACUCGCUCAAGUUAGAAUUUAACUUGUUUUUGAUAUAUCUGUGACCGGUUGUGAAGCAGUUAUAAAUCAAAAUCUUGUAAUUUUAUAUAAGAUAUUAACUGCACUGUAUUCUUUUGCAUUUUAGCUGCACUUAAAGCAAAUGGCAAAAAAUCUGCAACUUCUUUCCAAAUUCAACUUGGAGUACUUCAAGGAGACGAUAAGUAAGCUUUACCAACGAAGGAUUUUAUUUCAUUUUCGAAGAAGGAGGCGUAGCUUGAGUUGAAAGAGUUCUGCUAGCAAUACGCUUCACCGAUAUAAUUAACCACAAGAGUGAUGUUAUAAUAUAUUAUAAUAUAAGUGUGAUAUAGACCUUAUUCAUAAAUCGUGAUGAGGCCUCGUAUCCUAGGAAACGGGGAAAAACGCGGGAAAAUUGACAAAAUGUUUUUUUUUGCAGUCGGCUAUGGCAGCUUUUUUCGUGAAUAUUACGGCUUUUUUCGAAAAUAAUAUCUAUAAAACUGAGCUUGAAAGUUGAAAAAAUACUUCUAAGAAAAUAUAACAUGAUAUUUAAAGCAAAAGAUGCUGGAGUCAAUCAAAAAAGGAAACCUUUGACUUUGUAUUAUUGUCGUAGUUUGUAUGGCCAAAACAAACAACCAACAAGGCUACAAAACGUCUAUGAACACCAAAAUCGUAAGAAAUAUGAAACUAUUGUUGAAGAAAUAGGAUUACAACUCACUCAGGUAAUGUAGCCUUCAUUUUUUAAACUUGUAAGCUGCUUGCAGAAUGUUAUCGAGCCACAACCAUAGUUCAUAUUCCCCCGUACGAAUCAAUAACAUUUGACGUUCUCUUGUGAUUUUUGACCUGUUGUUUUCUUUUAUAUUAAUGUCAAAUUCGAAAAAUUAUACUUUCAUUCCAUAGCUGUCUUGAUUCUUCAGGGAAUAACCUUUAUAUUGAUGUUAAAAUCUCAGUAAAAUACUGUUUUCCACUUCUGGAUAAACACCAUCGCUACGUUGUCAUUUUUUCCACACAAAAACGCGAGAAAAACCGGUCGCUUUUAUAAUAUACUCCUUUACCGCUUUCGUUGUGGGAACAAAGUCUUAAAAUACACACAAAAAUCGUUAUAAAUCGCAAAAAGCAACAAGAAACAAGCCGUUAAAGUCGACACAAUAGCAUCUGGAUUUGGCUUGUCAAGCAGUUUUCACUUGUUUUCCCGCGUUUUGUUCCCGUAUCCUAGGAUACGAGGCCUCGUCACGAUUUAUGAAUAAGGUCUAUAACAGACGAUUUGAUUGGCAAAUGCGCGUGCAUUAUGACGCAAUAAUGCACUGUGAUCUGUGGCACUGCCUUGUUCUUUCUCUGUUUUUUUCUCUCUUCAUCACUACUUUUUAGCCAAAAAUAUAAACAAAACUAUAGAGCUUUUAAAAAUUCAAAAUUUAGCAGAAAGCAGGAAGUAAUAAACCAAAGCAAUUUUCUAUAGUUCUGCGUGUAAAAUUAAAUUAACCGGCUUGGCGGCAUUCGUCGAAUUUCUUGUUGUCUCGACAGGUUUUGGGUAAAAGCGUACAAAAUAAUUGAGAAAAAAACUUGAAAAAGAUACAGGAAUACCAAAUACAUACAAAAAGGCAACAAAAACUGAAGAUAAGUGAUUUAGAAAGUACCUUCAAUUCUUCUGAUAAUAACUGCAAGAUAUAUUUUCGGCGAUACAAUAAUUUCGAAAAUUAAACACGACGAAACCUACGAUUUACAGUAGCGUAGCCAGCCCGACGAAUUAGUCCGGCUAUGCAAAUAUUUUCGUGUUCAUUGACUGUGAAAACAGGGACCUUUAGCAAAUAGGUGACGGCAACGCGACGACGACGCCAAAAUAAACUCGUUCGAAUAAGUAACCUUAAGAUCAACAUGUUUUGCAUUAUCCGUGGUAUGAAUUUAUUGCAAUUUAAGAAGGUUAAGACAGGUUUAUAGUUGAGAAGACUUUCACUAAGCGAAUUUGGCGAGGACGACUUCUCGCGGCUUGAAAGGCAGACGUUGUGUACAAAACGUAAAAUCUUUGGUCUGCUGUUGUAAACAGAGCAAGGACGACAUCUAAUACUCCCAUGGGACCUUUAAUUAUGCUUUUUUUUUCUACACUGUCAUAAAUUUCAUUGUAUUAAUUGCCGUCGCCGUCCUACUAGCUAAAGGUCCCUAACAAUCAAUUUCUAAAGAAAUGAAUAAUGAUAAUAAUUUUGAAUUUGCAUAGGGGGACUAGAUUGUGGGGUGGCUAUACGCCACUGACGAUUUACCGUCUUUCAUGGCGAAUCCAGCAGCUCAGAUGCUGAAAAACUUUGGCAAAUUAGUCUGUGUGUCACUGUUCUUUUAUUUCCACUAUUUUAAACAAUUUUUCCGGCUUUAUAGCAUCAAAAGAUUGUAUAUUGUUUUGGCAAUUUUGCUCCUUCGCUAGUUGCUUAAAAAUUCAAGCGACAGUAAAAGUAUGCGCGUGACGUCACUGAGUACACGUUAGGAGAAUUUCAACGUCGAUCGCUUGAGUAAAAUGUUUUACUAUGUAAUAUCUUCUACUUAUAUUACUAGAAGUUACUAACGCAAGGAAAUGCUGCCUCACCCCCAAGGGAUGAAAGGCAGCAUGCGCAAUUUGCUGAAUAAGGAGCUGUUUUUAUGAUCCCGCUUUGCCAGGACGAGAUAUGAAGCGGAAUGAUUUCGAUAUAUUGAAAUAAGUCACAGCGCACAAUUCAGCAAAAAACUUCAUUAUUUCAAUACAUCAAAAAUCACCCCACCUCCCAUCAUGUAAACAGCCCCUAAAACGCAUGUUCAGGAAGUAGGAAAGGUGAAAUUCGAAUACCAAACAUCUUGCACAAUGUCAAAAGGUCAGCUAACUAUUCUAAUGACCUAUUCUAAUUCUAAUACAGUGAGUCAGUGGUGAAGCUAGGUCGUAGGUUCAAUUCCCACCUUGGCCAGGCAUAUUUUUCAAGUUUGCCCGGUGUGGAUAUACACUCAGAGUAACAUGACAAACAUAUUCACCUGAGUACAUUAUCGGUCAUGCUACGGUAUACAAAUUUUUAAUAAUUUGCAUUAUUCAAAUAGAUCCAGGUUUAUAGGUGCGGCAUGACCAGUUGACAUUGUAGCCAGCUUGCAAUUGAAUAAUGUACAAUAUCAUAUUAUAUAUCAACCAUAAUAAUACUUAAAUGAAUCAUUGGACAUGUAGAAUUUAAUAACAAUUUCAUAUACAGAAAUAUUAAGUCAGUUUUUGACCCAAUUAUCGUUUUAAUGGCACCUUCAAAGUAAUCUGUGAUCAGACCUAUAAAUAAAUAAAUAGACCUGAUACAAACCUUAAAGACCAUGUAAAAUCCGUUCUGUGCAUACGUUCUGUGCAGGCUUACAUUCCAAUAGUUGGGACCCGACCGUUGGAAUGUUAUUAAUAUUUUGUAUGUUUUGAACUUUCUUGAAAUGAAUCUCUAUAGUCUGUAUUCAUUUACAAGUAUAGCGAACCAGAAGAGUGUUAAAAAUUCAGUAUAAUAUAUAUCUAAUCAUAUUUUGUAACUGUAGCACUGAGUUCAAAAUGUAAACAAAGCAUUUGUUUACAUUACAGACUUUACAUCGGCUUUACACCCGUUUUCAAAAUUACGCGACCAAGGACGAAAAUGCUAGAGUUGACAUGUCAGUUUUAUGUCAUUCGGUCACGAAGUUUAAAACUUCGAGUUUUGCGGUUCCUUGUCGAUGUAUAUGCUUUGUAUGCUUUAUAUAAACAUGCUUACAAUGAUUUUCAAGAUAUUUUAGUGAGAAUUAUUGCAAAAUUUAAGCACAAACAAAAUCAUAACAUCACCGUUAUAGUCUAGCGCGCGUGUUUUAUACGGACAGCUAAAUUCCAGGAUAAAUUGUUAUUUUUUCAAACUUUAAAAGUUAUUCACGGCACAUAUUUCUGUUGUGAUGGUUUGUAUAGUGCUUUAGUUUGUAUAUCUAAGUUAUCUAGCUCAGUUUUGUUCAGUUUUGGUAUUAAAUACGAUUUACAAUGUCUUUAGCCAGUUUGUUUACGUUUGCUAUUUUUAGCAGUUUUUGUGACAUAAAACUGACAUUUGAAGUAAGAGUAUUUUUCAGGGAGGUCGCGUAAUUUUGAAAAUGGGUGUAACAAAAGAUCAUGCCUUACAAUCGUUUUUCGGGUGUAAAUCUGGUUGGUAUAUGAGACAAAAAGAUUUUUUAAUUUGUCAUUUGAUUGGUUGGUGCUAAUUAUAUUAUAUUGUUGUUUAUAGUGAUCACAACUAUAAUUAGAUUGUUGUUGCCCUUGUGUGAAAUUUAAAUUUCUUUAAAUUUCUGCUGAUGCGGCAAUGCCUGAUGGGGAGACAAAAUCUGUUUGUUGACAGUUUUGUUUCAUUUGUCAGUUUCUGAUGACAUCAUUCAUUUGUAAUGAUCAAGAUUGCACUCAGUCAGAACUGCAAAACUAUAUAAUACAAGAAAUUGUGAGCAUUAUAAAAAAAAUAUAGUAUACCCUGAACUGUAGUGACACAGCCAGGUGAAUAUAUGUUAACAAGUAACAAUAGACAUACAUCUCAGAGAUAUAUUUGUACAGACCGUCAUACCUUUUGACAAAUGUCGGUUGACAUGUUAUUACAUGUAACUGCUGGUAAGUUAAUAUGUGCAGACAACAAUCCACACUGGGUUGCUAUAGGAAUAUCUUUCUACAAGUCAGAUAUUUUUUCAUUCGUAUACAUAUUUAUGUGUUCCAAUGCGGGCACGAUACUGCUCAUUUGAUAUUCCCAUAAUAACAAUAUUAUAAUACACUAUCACUGUGAUUAUUUAUACCUUGAUGUACGAUGUUCUAUCAAGCUCAAACAGAUUUUUUACUCCACUUGUUUUACAGUAUUAAUAUAUGAAGAGUUGUAUACUUGUAUGGCACCUAAAUUAAAAUUUAAUAAAAAUACAGUUGAUUCAUUCGACCAAAACACAUUGUUAUUUGUGAUCAAACUUUCAUCUUACCUUGAAAAAUAUUUUCGAUAAACGGCCAGAUGCAAGAAAAAUAUUUCGAUAAACAGCCAGACAUAAAUUUGAAAAUUGCAACAGGCAACGAGGCACAUGCCGUACAAAUUGUAAUCGUUCAUGGUGGUGUUCGUGAGUCUGAACCGGGGUAUUCGGAAAGUCAAAUCGCGAUCUGGAGUAUGUUAUUUUUUAAAAUUUCUGUGACGUCAAAAAACGUCAUAAACUGAAAAUCCGUACAUCCGUCAACAAAAUCGAGUUGUCGUUCGGCUAUACAUAACUCGGCCAAAGAGACUGGGCACACGUAAACGCAAUACUUCAUGUUAAGAAUAGUAUGCUGCCUUCGGCAGCAAUAAAAGAAAUAGCACAACCAGUCUCGUGCGUUUAUAGUGCGAUAAUGCACUUAAGGAAUGUUGGGAGAAUACUCGAGAAGCGUGUAAAACACUCGGCUACGCCUCGUAUUUUACACGCCUCUCUCGUAUUCUCCCAACAUUCCCCGCGUGUAUUAUCACACCAUAAACGCACGCGACUCGUCAGUAGAUCGUUUUGAGAACUUUUUUCAGAACUGUUUUCAUUGAAUGCUUAAGAUUACUUCGCGAAUCAAUACAAUUGUAAAAUUAUUUUUCCACUCUGAAAACUGGUUGUGAAUACCGUCUGAUGCGUAAUACUGUCCAUGUUAGUGAAACCUACUGGAAAAGGUAGACAGGCUUAGGCAAAUGUAUGUACCUGCAGGUAGGAGGAUAAUUUAAACUCUACAAUCUUCAUGUUAAUUUAAUACUUUUUAAGGGCAGGAAGAAGCGAAAGCCAAUUACUUUUUCUUUAGAUUUGUUCAAAUCGUUGUAUCGAAAAUACGAAGCAAUUCUACACCAACUUACCACCCAGGAAAAGACCUUCUACCGUACGAUGUAAACACUGUCGAUAACCAAUCAUACAUAGCCGCACAGCUUGAUGGAACGAACAUCAAUCAAAACGGUGUUUUUACUGUAGGAGAUGGCAAGAGAUACGCUCCAACUAGUACGAGGAAAAGAAGAAGCACUAACUAUCGGAAUGUGGAAUUGGAGGCAAAGACGUAUUACUCUGUUUUCAAAGAACAUUUAAAAAUGCAGUAUGUGACGAAAUUAUAUAUUUCCAGUAGUAUGGAGACAAUUUUUUGAAAUGUAUUAAAUCGGGGAUUAUUUUGUAGUUAAAUUCAGAACCGAAUCAGUUCUAAGUGAGUACAGGUGGUUGUGAGCAAGAAGAUGAUGUUAUUAAUUUUCAUUAUAUCCAAAAGUGUUGUAUUUGUAUACAAAUGAAUGGAAUAGAGAAAUAUUGUUUAAUUUGCUUUCUUUCUUUCUUCCCUUACGAACAUUUCUGAAGUGAGACACCAUUUUCUGCCCAGUUUUGCCAGUUAGCUAAUGCUUACAUGAUCCACCAAUAGUUCUUGCACCUUGGUCAAAGCCACUUUUGAUUGUGUAAAUCCUAGGACUAGAUCUAAACCGGGAUUUUAAAGUAUGUAAGCGUUAUCUUCUGCUAUCUUUGUUUAGGAUUUAUACUACGAUUCAGAUUGGAUGGACGUUAUCAAAACAGAUCAGCUGUUACAAACUACAACGUUCUCGACCCCCCUGA